CGCAGCACAUCCGCGAGAGUUCGCACAGUUGUGCGCGCUGCGACAGAUCAUAGGGUUUGUGUGUAUUGCGAAGUGCAUGUCUUCUUGCUCCUCGUUGCGUGAUUUCGCGUUCGUCGUGCUUUCGUGGCAGCGGGGUUUGCCGUUGGCGACGAGGAGACUGACACAUGAUACGUUGACACUCAUACGGGGUCAACUCGGGGUGACGGAUCUAGGAAGUAGAGAAAAGAGCGAGUGGUUGAAAGGGUGCGUGGUCGCAGUCGUGGUCGUUGUUGUGUGUAUCAAACACGCGCACGGCCCAGCCUCUUCGUGUCUGCGUGCGUACAUGCGCGUGUCUCUUUGCAUUUUCACAUACUAAUAUUCAGCAAUAGCGCGAACUCGUAACCGGAAUGACCAGCAACGAGGAUACGCGCAGCCAGGCGAUCAGCAACAUCGAGACCGAGUACAACGAGAUCAAUUCUAAGAACGCCUGGCCGAUUUUCUUUCAGCAUAUACGUGUUGAUAGUAGUAAUGAAUACUCAUGUAUCGAAUCAAAAAAGCCACAGAACAAAAAUCUGAAUCGCUAUAGGGAUGUAGUACCGUACGAUCACAGUAGAAUAAUACUUAAAAGAGGCACAUGUGACUAUAUACAUGCCAAUCUCAUACAAGUGGAGAGUGCUAAUAGGAAAUAUAUUCUUACACAAGGACCGUUACCAACUACUGUUGGCCAUUUUUGGUUAAUGGUAUGGGAACAAAAUAGUAGAGCUGUGUUGAUGUUAAACAAGGUGAUAGAAAAGAAUCAAAUCAAAUGUCAUCAGUAUUUUCCUCUGGAUGAGAAAUGGGGACCUAUGAUAUUCGAGGAAGUCGGAAUAAAAGUGGAAUUUAUCGUCAAGAUACAAUCUUUAGAAUACACUUCUAGGUUGUUACGUAUAACAGACAUGGAAAGCAAUCAAAGUAGAGAAGUCAUACAUUUUCAUUACACAACUUGGCCUGACUUUGGAGUACCACAAUGUCCAACAUCGUUUUUACGUUUCUUGAGAGACGUCAGAUGCACAGGAGCAUUGGAUCAAAGUGUUGGCCCACCCAUCGUUCACUGUUCUGCGGGAAUAGGAAGAUCAGGAACAUUUUGUUUAGUUGAUUCAUGUUUACUACUGAUCGAGAAACAGGGAUUAAAUUCUGUAAAUGUGCGGGAGAUAUUGCUAGAGAUGAGACAGUUUCGUAUGGGUUUGAUACAGACUCCGGAACAACUACGUUUCUCUUAUGCUGCCAUUAUUGAAGGAGCAAAACAGUUAGCAGUUAACAACACGAUUGUCAACAGUAAGGAACCGAUAGAUAAUGAUGAUAAUGAUGAUAAUGAUGAUGAGUAUGAUGAAAUGAACAACAGAAAAGAUUUGAUAGAUGACGAACCUCCUCCUUUACCACCUCCAAGAGGAGCAUCGUUAACGCGUAGCAUGAUGUCAGAUUUAAGCUCAGACUCGUCAUCCAGUGAAAAUGAUGACGUAGGUGCACCGCCUGAUAAACCACUACCGAGCGAACCACCAAAUCACACGGAUGUAUCUGCAGAUUUGAAAUCCACGUCCAUUACAAAUAAUACAUAUGAACAGAACGCCAACGUCACGACCUCUUCUAACGAAGAUGCCGAGAUAUCUCUUCAGACGAACAAUUCCAAUUCUGAGGAUAAAAAAUCGGAACUACGUCAACGUUGUCGGGAGAGAAACAACCGAAUAGCGGAGCAAGUGCGCGAGAUGAAACGCCGGCAAAAGGAGACGGAAGAGUGGCAAAAGCUCAAGAGGUCAUUAUUUAAACCUCUUACAAUAAGCUUAGGCAUCGGAAUUGGUGGGGGUCUCAUAGCGCUGUGCUAUUAUCUGUACAUGCGUAGUUAGAUCCACUGUAUCGCAAGAUAUCGUACGUACGUACACGCGAGUUCUCGAAUUGUCACAUUUAGACUUGCAUCAAAGAAAGUUGCUCUUAACAAGAAUUUUAAGAAUAACGUUUAACGUUUACAGAUAACCAUGCUAGGUUUUAACCACUUGAUUUUAAGUUAAAAAUUUUCACAUUUUUUAACGGAGUAACGGAAAAACUUGCGUUUUUUUGUACAAUAUAACCCAGUACCGGAACACGUAUCAUACAGACGCAACAUUAGCGAUAUCGAAAAAUGUAUAACAAUUCUACUAUUACCAAAAGAGAGAAACACGAGAAAGAAAGAGACGAAAGAUAGAAAACAACGGGAAAAAAAAAUUUAUUACUAAGAGAUUACCAGGAUUGAAUACGUUGCUAUACGUUCAAACAGUAAACAAUAGAAAAAUCGGAAAUCCAAAAAAGCGAAAAAAAUAAAUUUUCGAUUUGUAUUUUUAUAUUGUGAUUUACUCGGUAAGAGUGCUUAGAAUAUACUAAAAACGUGUGCGUUCUUAUACAAUUUCUUUAUUACUCUCUUGAAAUGUUUAAUAUUAAAUAUUAAAUGAAACAAAGUAAUAACUCGGUCGAUAUACGGUGCUUGUGAAAACGUUAUAAUGAAGGAAUAAGAAGCGUAGGAAAAUCGCGUUAGAUUUCCAUAUGAUUUUGUACAAUAUAUGCAUAUUAUAUGUCCCAGCAUUAUUAGUCCCACAAUACAAAUAUCAUUAAACAAGUAGAUAAGGAACUCCCAAUUCGAUCUUAUUUGUACAUUAUAGCGAAAAUUUUAUGAGCUCGUAUACCGAUGUAACAUAAACACAUAGAAUGAGAGUGAAUGUGUAAAGCUAAAAACAUAAUGAAGAGUCAAUUUCAGUGCUAUAUUCUCGUAUAAAGAUACAAAAAGACUUGGAGUUUGUGUCAGUUUUCUCAAAUAGGUGAUAAAUGCACAUUUCUACGUGACAUAUAAUCUUUUCCUUAUUGUUCAGUUAAUCGGUAAAUAAGAACAGAUUUAUACAUAUACAUAUAUAUAUAUAUAUAUAUAUAAUAUAUAUAUAUAAAUAACAACACACACAUGUAUAUCUUUCUGCUGUUUUCGACAAAUAUUUCUAAUUCAAUUUGAUGUACUGUUAGUAAUAGGUCAGGGUAUCAAACUCGCAUUAGAUUUGACAAACUAGAGUUUAUUUUCAAAAUGACCCUUUGAGUUCGUGUUGUCUUUGAAGCGGUGGAAGUGAAUCGCGACGAUGUGUGAAUCCAUUACUUCCAAAAUAUGCGUUCAACGGAGGUUUGGGAAAUGGACUUCAUAAUUUUCUUAGUAGUGUUAAAUAGAUAUACUCGUGAUAGGCCUAGAAGUAAAUUGUUAACAAAUUUUAUUCUAGUUCCGUAGUUAAAUGUUUUUUUUAAUUACUCUUGCCGAUAGAUUUUAACUCUGAUCUAUAUAUCAAAAAUAUUCAUUAAAGAAUCUAGAUUUAUACAUAGCGCAUAUAUUAUAAACAUGUGACAUAUUACAUACUGUGUUUCGAAGAUGUUUUUCACUUAUUAUGAUAAUCGCACUUCGUGGUUUUAUUAUUUGGCUAUGAGUAAGAUAUUACUGUUUUNUUUUNUUUUUUUUUUUUUUUUUUUAUUUGCGAAUUUUUAUAUUUUUCGCUUUUAUUAUAAUGAAUUACAUUUAUAUUUUGCAAAAAUUCUUUGUAACGUUGUAUGUUUGAUGCAGCUAAUGAUAAACACGUACGAAAGCUUGCUUUAUGGUAUCUAUACUGCUAAUUAAUGUAAUAGAUUGUUGUACUGAUCACUUCUCAACAGACCAUUCCUAGUGGAUGUUAGCUUCUUUUGUGCUCUUUGAUACUAUUUUACUAUUCACACAAAACACUUCGAAAGUUCAGUAAUUACAGUUACAUUAUAAUCGUAAAGAAGAAAGAAAGAAAGAAAAAAAGAGAGGGGAAAGAGAAGAAAAGAA